AUGCACAAGACUGGAGAUGUGAUUUUAGGAGGACUAUUUCAAGUCCACUUUUUUUCAAGCAUUCAGGACCUGUCUUUUACCUCACAGUCACAGCAGUCUGUUUGCCAUGGUUUUGAUGUCUUAGGAUUUAGGCAGGCACAAACCAUGGCCUUUGCUAUUGAUGAGAUCAACAGAAACUCCAACCUGCUACCUAAUGUGACUCUGGGAUACACUCUUUAUGACAACUGCCUUGAACUUGGAAUAGGAUUCCGUGCAGCACUGUCAUUAGUCAGUGGUCAAGAGGAGAAAAUUAUAUUAAAUAAUAAAUGUGCUGGAAAUCCUCCAGUCAUAGGGAUUGUUGGUGAUUCUUCCUCUACACGUUCUAUUGCUAUCUCCACUGUCUUAGGUUUGUACAGAGUGCCAAUGGUGAGUUAUUUUGCCACAUGUUCCUGCCUGAGUGACCGUCAAAAGUAUCCAUCCUUCUUUAGGACGAUCCCAAGUGAUGCUUUCCAGGUACUUGCUAUUAUUCAGAUCCUAAAACACUUUGGCUGGACUUGGGCAGGUCUGCUGAUCAGUGAUGAUGAUUAUGGACUUCACGCAGCCAGAGCCUUUCAAUCUGAGCUGAGUCUGUCAGGUGAAGGUUGCCUGGCCUAUGUUGAAGUUUUGCCCUGGGACAAAGACACAGAUGAAAUAAGGAGGAUAGUGGAUGUGAUUAAAAAAUCCACAGCUCGUGUGGUCAUUGUCUUUGCGCAUGAGAGUCAUAUGAUCAAUCUUAUGGAAGAGGUAGUGGCACACAAUUUAAUAGGGUUGCAGUGGAUUGCCAGUGAAGCCUGGACAGCAGCUGCUGUUCUACAAAUACCUCAACUUAUGCCAUACCUGGGUGGUACACUGGGUAUUGCAAUUCGUCGAGGAGAAAUACAAGGGCUCAGGGAAUUCCUGUUACAAGUACGUCCCAAUCUACCCCACAGCACUAGCUACGGAAGAAGUAUGUUUUGGGAGUUUACAUUUCAGUGCAGAUUUGCACCACCUCCAACAGGUUGGCUGGAAGGUGGUGGAGCAAUAUGCACUGGAAAAGAAGAUCUAGAAAAUGCAGACACUGAAUUCUUGGAAAUUUCGAACCUCCGGCCUGAGUACAAUGUGUACAAAGCUGUUUAUGCUCUGGCGUAUUCCCUUGAUGAUAUGCUACAGUGCAAGCCAGGAAGAGGGUCUUUCAGUGGGGACAGCUGUGCGACUCUGCAGUCACUGGAGCCUUGGCAGCUUGUUUAUCACUUGGAAAGGGUGAACUUCACCACUUCAUUUGGUGAUCAAGUGUCAUUUGAUGAGAAUGGCGAUGCAUUACCAAUUUACGAUGUGAUGAACUGGUUGUGGCUCCCUGAUGGAAGCACUGAAGUUCAGAAUGUGGGUGAGGUUAAGAGGUCAACUUUCAAAGGUGAAGAACUCAUACUUGAUGAAGACAAAAUAUUCUGGAAUUUUGAAUCCAAAAAGCCACCUCAAUCAGUAUGUAGUGAGAGCUGUCCUCCUGGUGCCCACAUGGUGAGAAGGAAGGGGGAACCCGAAUGCUGCUUUGACUGCAUCCCUUGUUCUGAGGGAAAAAUCACUAACACGAGCGACUCCUUGGAGUGUACCAGUUGUCCAGAGGAUUUUUGGUCAAACCCCAACCGUGACCACUGUGUUCCAAAGCAGACAGAAUUUCUCUCCUACCAUGAGCCUCUGGGUAUUUGCUUGACAGCAACCUCAUUACUGGGCACAUUUGUAUGUGCUGUUGUUCUAGGGAUCUUCAUCUACCAUCGCAGAACACCCAUAGUGCGUGCCAACAAUUCAGAACUUAGUUUCCAGCUAUUGCUGUCACUUAAAAUGUGUUUCCUGUGUUCACUGCUGUUCAUUGGACGACCUAGGCUUUGGACAUGCCAACUUAGACAUGCAGCAUUUGGGAUCAGCUUUGUGCUGUGUGUCUCAUGCAUCCUGGUGAAAACCAUGGUUGUUCUGGCUGUGUUCAAAGCCUCCAAGCCAGGAGGGGGAACCAGUUUGAAGUGGUUUGGUGCUAUGCAGCAGAGAGGAACAGUUCUGUUUCUUACAUCUAUUCAGGCAGCCAUUUGCACUACCUGGCUUGUCUCUUCCUCUCCAGCUCCACAUAAAAACACCCAAUACCACAAUGAUAAGAUAGUGUAUGAGUGUGCAGUUGGGUCCACUGUUGGUUUUGCAGUGUUAUUGGGCUAUAUUGGCAUGCUGGCCUUCCUCAGUUGUCUAAUUGCAUUCCUGGUGAGGAAUCUCCCCGACAGUUUUAAUGAGGCCAAGCUCAUCACAUUCAGCAUGCUGAUCUUCUGUGCUGUGUGGGUGGCCUUUGUUCCUGCUUAUAUCAGCUCACCAGGAAAACUUGCAGAUGCAGUGGAGGUGUUUGCCAUCUUGGCUUCAAGUUUUGGACUCUUGAUCACACUGUUUGGACCCAAAUGUUACAUAAUCCUGUUGAGACCAGAGAUGAACACAAAGAAAGCUGUUAUGGGUCAUGGCAUUGAGUCAUAA